AUGCAAAGGGUUCGAAGACGAGGUUUGGUGCGGUGGUGGAAGGCUGUCGCCAUUGCACUCGUCGCCGUCGUCGUGGCAAGUGGAACCUUCCCGGCGCCUUCCACGCCCACAUUGGCGGCGGCGGCAGACGUGUGCCGCGGGGUGGUGUGUGGCGAUGGUCUGGGCACGUGUGCCACCGAUAGCGACGCGCCGGAUCAUCUGGCCAAGUGCACUGGCUGCCCGACAGGCUCGACGCCGUUUGCCACAGCGUGUGUGCCUGCUGUCCUCGAACCGACCUGCGACUCGGCCGUGUGCGGCACCGGAAGCUGCCCCCCGCAUUGCUCUGGCUGCCCCGAUGGGGUGUGCGUCAUCUCGUGCACAAGCCUGGGCGCAUGUGCCAACUCGACGAUCACGUGUCCAGACGGCCGCGACUGCCGGGUGGUGUGCUCGGGUAUGGACGGCGCAUGCUCCAACGCGACGGUUGUCUGCCCAGAUUCAGGCGCGUGCUCGAUCGCGUGCUCGGCGCCGUACGCCUGCUCUGAUCUGCAAGUCACCUGCCCAACCACCGAAGGCGGGUGCGCGAUGCAGUGCUCAGGUGUGGCAGCCUGCCGCGGGAGCUCGGUCACCUGUGGGCCGGCGGCAUGCAUCACCGAGUGCGCCGGCCCGCUGGCGGCCACGGCUGUGCUGCCAGGCUCGGCGCCGUUUGUCAAGUCGACCUGCGACCCGAACCUAGCAACUGCAGUGCCUACCGGCUUUGUCUGCCCCGACCCCACAGUGUGCGCAGCACCGCGCGCGGCUGGCACGUUCUGCACCCGGGCGGCUCAGUGCACGUCGGGGCUCUGCGUCUCGUCGGCGUGCUGCACCAAGGAAACGUGCUGUGCCGAUGGCGGCCAACUCGACGUCUGCCACCGCUGCGCUGGUGGGUCGUCGGGGCGAAGUGCCGGUGAAGAUUGCGUGACGAAUGCUAUUGUCUCGGUCACGCCGUCGACGUACCCGGUCUUCACCCCCAUCUCCCUCCGCGUCGCCGUUCUUGCCAACUGGCCAACGCCGGUCACCUCGUUCCGCAUCAACGGCGUCACUGGCAUCAUCUCUGACGUGGCCGUAGUCGGCAACGUCGUCGAGUUCAACGUGACACUACCGUCUAUGACCGCGCCCGGGCCGGCGGCGCUCGAGGCCGUGGUCGGACCGUGGGACGACGUGGCGAGCGAUGCCAGCGGAGCGCUGCUGGCAUUUGUCGGCGGGGCGUGUGUCGCGCCAGGCACAUACCGCAAUCGGCUUGAGUGCUCGUCUUGCCCUCCAGGGGCGACGUGCCCGGGUGGCGACCGGGUCUGGCCACUGCCUGGGUACUGGAACUCAGGCGAGGGUGCCGACUACAACUCGGCGUGCGCGCCCGGCUACACCGGCCAGCUCUGCCUUGCCUGCGCCGACAAUCACUUUAAGCGCGGAGCGACCGAGUGUGUGCCAUGUGGCUCGAGCGCUCUGGCGCCGCUCCUGGUCACCGUCCUGGCUGCAUUUGUCUUUAGCGCCGCCGCUGUCAUGAUCUUGGCCCCGCGCUUCAUUCUCCACUCGCUCUCGUUUGCUCUCGCCACACUGCAGGGCGUGUACGCGGUCGGCCUGGGCGAUACGAUUGCGCUUCCCAAUGCUGCGCUCGAGUUCUACGGUGCGGUCUCGCUGUUCGGCCUCGAUCUCGCCGGCAUCCGCCCGCUCUGCCUCUCGGUCCAUGCCACCUUUGCCACCAUCUUUGGCGUCAACGUCGUGGUUGUCUUUGUGUGGCUUGCCGCGCCGCUCAUCGUUGCUCUCAUUGCUAGCAAGGCGUGUGGGAGCGAGCGUGCGUCUGCGCUGAAGGCACGCCGGGUGUUGGCCAUCGCGCUAGCGCUGCGACUUGCCUACACGCCCGCCGUCCGGCUCGGCUUUGAGGCGCUCAACUGCAUGCGGACCGAGUCGGGUGAUGCGCUCCUGCUUGUUGCCGACCCGCGGGUUUUUUGCUACCAGUCAACCCACACCAUGGCGGCCUACACCGGCUGGGCGCUCCUCGUUCACUUUGGCAUCGGUCUUCCGGUCGUCACCUUUGUCACGCUCUCGGUCCUCAACGCCUGGUGGCCGCAGUUGUACUCGCCGCCUGACUUUGCGGCUCGCUUUGCGCUUGUGUUCAACGCGUACCGCUCCCCACGGCUCCGCUGGUUCCACCUCGGCUUCUACCUCCAGCAGUUCUUGCUUGCGGCGGCCGCGCUGGUCGUCGACGCCCACGUCAGUCUGCGGUAUGCGGUCGCCAUCACGGUGCUUGCCGUCCACGGCGGCCUCCUUGUUGCCUUUCGACCGCACACCUCGCUCAUCAGCCUGGCCGAGGCGCUGGCGUCGGUUGUCAUCCCGCUCCUCUUUGCCGCUCUCGCUGCUGCUGUUGACCACGACAUGCUGAGCAAGGAGGGGGCCGGCCCGGCCUUCCUUGCCCUUGUUGCGCUCACCGUUAUUGCGCUUGUAGCCGCCGCCGCCGUUCGGAUCGUCAUGUCGCUCCGCGCGUCCCAAACGGUGACGCCCAUGGCGUACGCGUCGCUCAACUCGUCGCUCGACUCGCAAGGCAGCGGCGUGGCUCUCGGUGUGACCGGCGGAGAGUUGGUGCUUGCCACCGGCAACUCGUUUGACUCUGGCCACACCUCACGCUCGCCGUCUCCGUCGACCUGA